AUGUCGAUGACUGCUCGUCUCCGCUCGUUUAUCAACAGCCCUACGGGACCCCGGACGACGCAUUUUUGGGGCCCUGUGGCCAACUGGGGAUUCGUACUCGCCGCCAUGGCUGACAUGCGAAAACCCGCGAGUGUCAUCUCCAUCAACAUGACGUCCGCUCUGUCGGUCUACAGUCUCAUCUUCAUGCGCUUUGCGUGGAUGGUUCAGCCGCGCAACUACCUGCUACUGGCGUGCCACGCGUCAAACGAAGCGGCACAGCUGUAUCAACUGCAGCGCGGCUUACGCUUUCAAGCUAGCAAGGAGGCCGCAGAGAAGCAGGAGUAA